AUGGAUGUGGAGGAGUGUCUCAAAGAAUGGGAGGAUUUAGUGGUGGAUUACAAGCGCUUAGAGGUUGUAAACAAAGACUAUGUAACAAAAUUGGAAGAAGUUGGAGAGUUGCAGGCUGCUUGCAUGAAGGAGAUUAACCACCAGAAGUAUCGCAUGUCUAUUAUAGCUGCCGCGCUGAAAAGGUUAGAAAAGAAAGGAGUCACGAAAGAUGACCGCGUCGCGAAUUUGGAGAAAGAGAUAAUGAAGAGGAAAGCUAUGUUGCGGGAAAUCAACGCGACGCUGCCCAAACAGAAUAGCCUGUACUUGCGCAUCAUACUCGGAAACGUUAACGUUUCUAUACUCAACAAAAAUGACAAAUUCAAAUACAAGGAUGAAUAUGAAAAGUUUAAGCUGAUUCUUAGUGCCAUCGCCUUCGUCUUAGCCGUUGCGAAUCUUUACAUUGAUUUCAGGCCAUUACAAUUAAUACUGUUGUUCCUGCUGGUAUGGUACUACUGUACGCUGACGAUCCGCGAGAGUAUCCUCAAAGUGAAUGGUUCUCGUAUCAAGGGCUGGUGGCGACUUCACCACUUCAUAUCAACCGUUGUCGCUGGUAUACUUCUCAUCUGGCCCCAGAACGAACCAUGGAACCUCUUCAGACAUACUUUCAUGUGGUUCAUUGCUUAUAUCAGUGUAGUACAAUACAUGCAGUUCAGAUACCAAAGCGGGGUCCUAUACAGGCUAAAGGCCUUGGGAGCUAGGCAUAACAUGGACAUAACAAUAGAAGGAUUUCACUCAUGGAUGUGGCGAGGACUGUCCUAUCUAUUGCCAUUCUUAUUCGGAGGUUAUGUGUUCCAACUGUACAUUGCAUACACGCUGUAUAGCCUCAGUUACCAUCCAGAAGCCACAUGGCAGAUACCAGCAUUAAGUUUAUCAUUCCUGACGAUUGGCAUCGGGAACUGCGCGACGACACUCAUCGUGAUCCCUCAGAAAUUGAACGAGCAGAUAUCUUACCUGGCGGCUUUCUUUCUUACAUUGCACUGUCUCAACAUGUAUACAAUACUCCAGACCUUGCACAAGAAGUUGCAAGGAGGCUUGAAGCUACGGUACAAAUUACGUGCAAUUGCCUACCGUCUAUCCAAUGAGCUCGCCGUGUUGGAACAAAAAUGGCGACAGAAUAAAGUGGAAACGAAAUCAGAAUAA